AUGCACUUCAUCAAACUCGCCUCAAUGCUGUUCACCCUGCUCACUACAGCAGUCCUGUCCUCGCCUGUCGGCCCUCAAGUGGGCGGCGUGGUCACGGGCGGCAUCACCGUCAACCCCCAAUAUUACAUGGUCCUGAUCUCGCGCCGCAACGAUUACAAACCAAGCUUCACCUUUCAGCUCGCUUACAACUCAGUCCAAUCGUACUACGGCGCCUUGCUCGUUUGCAACAACGACAUCAGUACAGACACAUGCGGUGCAGGGUACAUCGCACAUGGCGGUGUGGGCGAUGCUCGAUGGUCGGACUGGUUCUUUACGGGAAGUUAUUACGAGGUGACUGUUCGCCUUGCACACAAAGCCGACGGCACAAUGACCGGCUGGACGCUCAAGAGCGGCACUGCAAACAGCCACUACCUCGUCUACGCUCCGCUUGUCCGACAUAUCUACAAGAUGGGCUUCGCCACCUUCGUUUCGAUGCUUGCUGCUCUGAUCACUACAGUAGUACUCUCUUCGCCCGUCGGCCCUCAAGUUGGCGUCGUCACGGGCGGCAUAAAUGUCUUCCCUCAAUACUACAUGUCGCUCGCUGAGAACCGUGACUUCUACCGAUCACAUUUUACCUUUCAGCUUGCCUACAACUCAGCCCAAGCUUUCUACGGCGCCUUGCUCGUUUGCAAUAACGACGAGAAAACCUUCACGUGCGGUGGCGGUCCCGUCGCACAUGGAGGUGCGGGCGACGAUCGAUGGUCGGAUUGGUUCUUCACGGGAACUUUCUACGAGGUCACCGUUCGCCUCACGCACAAAGCCGACGGUACCAUAAUCGGCUGGACGCUCAAGGGCGGCGAUGAGGCCAGCCGCUUCAUCGCAUACGCAUCGCUCGAGAACCUGCAAACUCAUGCGACUAUCCCAUACAUCUGAUCCAACCGCUUGACGUGUCUUUCCCGAUGCAUUGUUGCAAGCGAUUGAGUAGCGACUCACGUGUUGCGCCUAUCAUACUCA